ACAGAUGGUACAUACUGUUGGUGCUGCUCUAACUGCUCUGUCAUUGAUUCAGUAGUAACACAGUCGUCAGUCCACAGCCUGCCUGCCUGCAGAGAGAGAGCCAAAACAGGAAGAGAGAAAGAGAGGACACAAGGAGAGAAGAAAAGAGAGUGAUUGUGAGAGAGAGAAGCAGGGAAAGCGUCCAGCCAUCUUUCUGUCUCCAGUCUGAAAGCCACAGACGCCCUCUUUGUUUGGCGUCCCUGAUAUGACCCUGUUCAAAAGUGAGCACCACCGCAGCCCACGAUGUGGUUGUUGACCCAUGUGUGACACUGGAUGUGGACAGGAGGCAGCGGACAGCGGGACAUUAGCAUGAGUGGAGAGCUGAAGUCCAGCCGUUCCAAGACAGGCAGCAAGAGACCCAGCAGCAAUCCAUACGGAUCUGACUAUGACCUGGACUAUGAGUGCUAUCAGGAGGACCUCUAUGACAGGAUGUAUGACUACCAGCGCGUGCCAGCUUCCCUACCUCCCCUGUCCCAGGGACCUAGCCUGGCCAAGCGACCCCGCUCCUCCUCCACUUCCUCUGGGCACAGACGCAGCCGAGACAGGCCCCCCUCCAAGAGCUCCAGAGCCCACUCUACCAGCUCCAACAGGGCCAAGUUGAGAAUGGAGGAGCUGCAGGUCAUUAAGAGGGAGCUGACUCUGAUAAAGACACAGAUUGACGGGCUGCUUGACAACCUGGACAGGAUGGACACACAGAGGCAGGACCACACAGGGUCUCCCGUGAGGGAGGGCAGCCUGGCCGGGUCACCGUACUCCCCCUCCGCCAGCAGUGGUGAGCGCUCCCCCUCUCCCCUGUCCCCCCCACGCCGCUGCAUCCAGAGAGAGAGCCCCGAACUGGGAGAGGCCAGCGACGAUGAUCACACGAUGAAUAACCACAGCUCUGACCCUGAGGAUGAGAUGUGAGGAUGGAAACAGAGAAGAAAUGGAGGAGCACCAGACAUAGAGGAAGAGAAUAUCUGUCUUGUCAAGAAGUUACCAUGCCAACAACUGAUUCAGAGGCCCCACUCCUGUCAAACCAACCAGUUACAUUGUAUUCUACAUCCACAUAUACAUCAAACAGAAAUACACUACUACACACACCACUUUGUGUUCAGAGUUAGCCUCUUUAGGUUCUAAAUCAUCUAUUCCUCCUCUCUCUGUCUGGUAAGGGCAGAUAUUGUAUGUGUGAACAGCACACACACACAGACACACAGGCACACACACACACUGUAAUUACAGUUUAUCAGAAAUCAACUCCAUGUAUCUCCCUUGGCUAUUCCCCACUGAGAUCAGCUCACCACACACACACACACACACACACACACACACACACACACACACACACACACAUGUUAUCUGUAGUGUAAUUAUUAACCAGAACAGGAAGGUGAAAUAAUUUCCAUAUUUAUAAUUUUCUUACGGUCUUUUUAGCACGUCUUCAUAUUUUCCUGAAAAACAUUCUGAUUACCAAUCCGUAUAAAUUUUACCUGCAUAUUGAGAGACUGUUUUUCUUUUAAAAUGAGCAUACUAUAGAUGUCGCAAUCAUAGUUUUUCAGUAACUUUAGUUAUUUUGUUAUCUGUAUAUCAUAUCACUACCAGAACAUGAAUUCACCCCCCUUAUGUCUGUGUAAUGUUAUCUCCCUGCUGUAUUACUACCUGUCUGUAUUAGGUAUGAGGAGACAGUAGCCCAUCUCUUCCUCUAUGUACCUGGCGCUAUGAGCUGAGGAGAGGCCCCGGCCCGGUCCAUGUGUAAUAUUGUGUAUUACUGUAAAACUUUACUGUAUUAGGUCAGCUGUACGAUUUUAAUCCAGCAUUUUGUUUUAGUUUUUUUUAAUUUGU